CAAUUUGUCAAGCCUCAAGGGAUAGAAAAAAAAGAAAAAAGAAAGGAAAGAAACAUAGAAUAGAAGAAGUUUGUAUCCCUAACUCUCCAAAUUCCAAUUCGUAGAAUUUGCUACGAUUACAAGGAAGUUCCUAUCUCUCCCUACCGAUUACAUUUUACCGAUUUCAAUUCAAUUUUUUUCUUUCUAUCUACAAAGCUCGAUUUCCAGCAUCAUUCAAAUUACUUUUAAAAGGAAAGAAAUUGAAGGAAUUUUCGACCAUUCCAAAAGGUUGAAGUAAUUAGAAUUUGAAGAUGGAUGAUACAUUGGUUGCUGUACUUUCACUGCUGCUUAUGUUUGCUCUAGUUCCAUUAUUUUUAUGGAAACGUCGUCACAAUUCUAGAGUUGUUGAAACACCUGAUGAAGAGCCUCAGGCUGCUCAGAGGGACAAUGUGGUUCGUGCUACUGGUGCUCGUCGUAUGCGCAGGAGGCCUGCGGCGAGGGCUAGUACAUCUUCAGCUGCAGCUGCUGUUGAAGAUAUAGAUGAUGAGAGUGAUGAUGAUGGUGCUGGGGAGGACUAUGAAGCUAGAGGAACUAGAAAAAGAGAUAAGAAACGACAAGAGCGUGAAGCACAAAGACAGGCGGAACAAGCUACACGGGACUCAAGGCAAGCUAAGCAAGAUCGUUAUGCAGAAGCACGAAGAAGGAAAGAUGAGGAACAUGAAGCGGAAGAGCGUCGACUAGAAGAAGAAGCUAAGGCUCGGCAAGCUAAGGAAGAAGCAGCUGCUGCACUAGAGUUUGAAAAGUGGAAAGGGGCAUUCUCGAUUGAUGCUGAAGGCACCACAGAAAAUGAAGCACAAGAGAACCAGGAUCUACUUUCUGACUUUGUGGAAUACAUUAAGAAGCAAAAGUGUGUACCCUUGGAAGACCUGGCUGCAGAGUUUAGGCUGAGGACUCAGGAGUGCAUUAAUCGUAUAGCCGCACUAGAAAAAAUGGGAAGGCUUUCUGGAGUCAUGGAUGACAGAGGAAAAUACAUAUAUAUCUCACUUGAGGAAAUGAAAGCUGUUGCUGAUUAUAUUAAGCGUCAAGGCAGGGUUAGCAUCUCACAUUUGGCUAGCAAAUCCAACCAGUUCAUUGAUUUGGAGACCAAAGUCCAAUAUGAGGAGAUCAUUGGUGUAGAUGAAAUAGUAGCUGCUUAAUUUUCAGACCUCUUCAUGGUAUAAUCAUUUCGCUCAACCUAGAUGAUAGCAGAAGAAGCGCAGCUGCGAACUUCCAAGGAAAUAGGUGACUAACUUGUUUCACGUGACGUCUUUGCUCAGUUUUAGUAUGUGGCCUUAUAUAAUUUACAUGAUGUGAAUAUGAAGCUGGACUAGAAUUGCACCUCCAGAAGAAAGAGAAUAUAGAGGGUAAUUUUUUUUUGGUUUUAUAGUUAUGCCCAACUUCUUGAUGUAACACCAACUUAGAUAUGCUUCUUCCCCUAAUUCAAAAGUAAUUCUAACAAGGGAAUGCUUUUGGUUUGUGUUUAUCAUGUUGUCAUUUUGCAAGUCUAAUACAUCUUCAGCUGUUUAGUAAA